CGGUAAGAAUGCAUUUACUAUGGCGGCUGCCUCAGCUGCGAUACCGAUAAAUCGUAUAUUUUCCCAAUCGUUGCACCAAUGUUAUUAUUAUUGAAAAAUUAUGGAUAGUCAUAAGAAUGGAGUAAUGCAUGGCAGGGUGUUGACGGUCUUGAAUACUCUGCGCGAUAUUUCAGAAGCUGUCACAGCAAGCGACGUGAUUUCUGCGCAAGAAACUAGGGUAGAAUUCCUGCUCUCUGCGAUCGAGUCAAGUGCUGCCGAGCUACACGAGCUUUUUGUUGGAAAAAUGGACGAGGACGCCUCGAAAGACUCAGGAAACACCAGCUUUGGGGAGGUAGUUUAUUUAAAUUGCUGCUGCUAAUUACAACAUUUUCAAUAUAAAAAUUUUCACAAUAAAUGUUAUGAUGUACACCACUCUUUUCCCUUUCAUUGCUUAAAAAUGUGAAGAACGGGCAUAUUUCAGAUGGAUAAUGUUAUACAACCUUGCCCAUGGUGGACAGAGUGAAAGUGUUUGGUAAUGGAGAGUGCAAAUGCAGGUUGUAGGUUGUGGGUCUAGUGCAAUUAUGAAUGCAGACAUAGUAUAGCCUAUACAAAUGAGUUCAAGUUAACCAGAAUCAAACUGACUGGAACUAACAGUAAAAGAGAUAAAUGUCUAAAAUUUUUACUAACUGCUCCUAAAACCUGAAAGGUGGGACUGCUGAUGAAGUAUGCUGUUUUUGUUGCCAAUCUCUUACUAGGGGCUGGGCAGUGGAUGUUAAGCAUCAAUCAAUUUGAAGCUCCAACAUCCCCUCCGUGGCAAAACAAGCUAUGGGCAUUUGAACCUCCAAAGAUUAUUCUGUUGAAAUUCUCUGCCUCCAGGGCCAAACUUGUGUUGAAAUGCCCCACCCUAGUGCCGCAUUUGUUCAUUAAUUUUUUUGUGAAAGGCAAGAUUAGUAGCGACCCUUUUCUUCUGAGCCAUCUGCUCAUAAAAUUGAAGUUUUACUUAAAACACCUCCAUAACAAAUGAUAAAACACUUUAAUUCUGCUGGAAAGACUUGACAGUUGUGGUUCAAAUUCUCCAUCCCACUUAAGUAGGCUUAGAAUUUCACCCCCAGGGCUUGGAUGUCAAAUGCUUGUGGGUUUUUCCCAGGGGUAGAGAGGGGAUGUUGAAGCUUUGAAUUGAUUGGUGCAUUAUGAUAAGUUAUUUACUUGGCAGGACUCUAAACUCUCAUGCUCACUAUUACCAGGGGUUAAGUUUGUCUCACAUCCAUGGCUACCAGUAAUUUAUUUAUGGUAGACUUAAAGCAACAAAGUCUCAUAUAGUAUAGUCUGCCUCACUGGAAGCUUAAUGUGCACUUUUGAAGGUUAAAGUUAGUUAAAGUUGUUAGGUUUGGGAGAGAAUUUGGUGGGAGAAACCAGCCAACUUUUGUUGUAAUUACCUCAGUGUUUUUCAUUUUGUACCUUGAAACAGAUUUUUCUGAUUUUUUUCUUUAGGACUCAAGAGAUGCCAGUGAAAAACUACUUUUAAGCAGUUCUCAUUGUAAUGACUCACAUGACCUGAUUGAGUUGAGUGAUGAUGAGUUUGAUCAAGCAAUGGCCGAGGUAAUAAACAUGAUAAAACUUUUAUUUUUUUGAUAACCAAAUGCUCAAUUUGAUUGAACUAGAGAUUCCGUCUAUUAACUGAUAUAUCAGAAUCAUUUGGUUUACUACAACUAACUCUGAAAAGUGGCUAAAAAUUGUAUGUAAUAAGUUUUAGGAUGUAAUUUUGAUUGGCUGCAGGAAUGUAAAAUGUGAAAAAAACUCAAAUCUGUUGGAAAAGUUAAAUGUGGCUUAACCCAAGCUUUCCACACAAUCAAUGUUGUUAUUUUAGUUUUUGCAUUUAAACUCUGAUGUUUACACCCAUCAAGAAACAGAAAAUGAUACAACAGUUCAAAUAAGUCCUUUUUAGGAGGGAGUAAAGUGUUUUAAAUUUUUUUGAUCACUUAAGAGAUAAGCAUACUUUUCCUUGUCUUCAAGGUUGACAUUGAGGAAAUCUGCAAUCAAAGUCAAGCUGAAUCAGAGAUUUCAGAUACUGGCAACAAGGAUGUAGAUCAAUCAACAGAAUCAGAAGGUGCCUUUCACUAAUAAGAUAUUUUACUUUUCUCUCCCUUGAAAUACAGUUAACUCAACAUAAAUAUAUUAAUUAGUGUCAGUUUUACUUCAAAAUAAUUGGAAAGAUAAGAUUAUAAGAUAUCUUUAGUUAAUAUUGAAUGAUGAGAUAAUGGUGAUAAUGAUAAGUUGAGUAAAAAAAGCAAUGUUAAGGAAAGAAAAGUACUUAUUGACAAUGAAACAUGGAAAAUAAAUUCGUUUUUCAUUGACUGAAAACCUUCAUAUUUCAAAAAAUUAUUUUCAAUUAAUGCAUUUUUUUAACCAAAUCAUUUUCUUCUUUUAAAUCUUCUCAUCAGAUAUGGAUGAAAUCAAACCAGAUGAUGACCACAUAGAUGUGCUGAAGAAAUAUUUUGGUCAUUCUAAGUUCAGACCGUGUGUAGAUCAGUUUUCCUCUGCCUUGAAUUUGCAUUAAUGAAUUUAUACUUGUUUGUACUUUUCUUUACCACUGACUGCUUUCCUAAAUACAUAUUUUUUGAAAUAUAAAUUUAUAUCUUUCAGUAUGCAGUGGAAGAUAAUAAAUGAAGUGCUUAAUUGUAAACGGGAUGUUUGUGUUGUAAUGGCAACAGGUAAUUCUUGGAUUGACUCUUGGGUCUGCUUCUAUCAUGAAUAAAUACAGUGUAGUUUAAACCCAAGAGUACCAUUUGUUCUUAUCCCAUGAUACCCUAACACCAUUAUGCAUAUUCUCAAUUCUGUUCUUCAUACAUAUCAAGAUGCUGAUGGGGGGAAUUUGUUUAACAAUCAAGAACCUUUUUAGUCAGUGAUUAUUUCCUUUAAUCUUGUGGCCUUUAUUUUUGAUUCAGUGGUGAUAUUAUUAACUCUCAGAUCAAAUUUGUAAUUCUCCUUACUGUCAACCAUACAAUUCUUUCAAUGUUAGUUCAGAGAAUUUAGUAUUAGAUUGACUAAUUAUCCCCCAAUUUAUAUUUUUCUCUAUUCUCAUCACUUAUCUGAUUGAUAAUGUGUUGAUAUUGUAAGGAGAAAUUCUGUCUUGGUCACUCAUGGGAGUUUAAGGGAUAAUAAUAACUGUUGUAUUGAUACAUUUUGAAAAACAUGAGAAUAUACAAUUUGCAAAAUCAUCACUUACAAGGGACAUGCAUUGGAAUUGACUAUAUUGUGGGGCUAAUGAUAAAUACUAUAUUAUCAUGGAUGACACAAUUCUUUUUAAUUAUACACCAAGGUACUUGUACCAAAUAAUCUCCAUUGUGAUGUGUUAAUUCUGAUGAACCAUCCAUUUCCUGACAUCAAUUGUUAUCCAUAUAUUUAUGUAGGAUAUGGAAAGAGUUUAUGUUAUCAGUACCCCUCUUUGUACUCUGGAGGAACAACAGUUGUUAUAUCACCUCUAAUCUCACUUAUGGAGGAUCAAGUUACAAAACUGGGGUAAAGACUACAGAAUGAACUCUUAAAUUUAGGUUUAACUUAAUUUUUCUUAAUUCUCCUGGUUGCUAUUAAUAUUAAUAUAUUUUAGUAUAUGGCUGGCAAUGCCCAUGGGCAAUAUGGAGUGAAUCCUGUGUUCCUAUUGACUGACUUCAUGCUUGGCCAAUAAUGUAUAAUAAUUUAUUAUAUGUUACAUAUUGCUCGAUUUUUAUUGAGUAUCAGAAGAUCAUUAAUCUGGAAUAAAGAGGUUAAAUUGCAGUAAGGGAGAAGUAAUGAAGAAGCAGUGAAGGUUUCAAAACAGCAAAUUGUACAAGAGUCAAUCCACUUCAUUUACAGACAUAAAAUUUUUUAAAUAUUCAUUUCAUGGUGAACUUAUCAAGUGCAAAUUCAAUUUAGAAUGCUCUAUAUUGUAUUUCUCAUAAGCCCUACAAAUUUCAUCUUUCUUCUGUAAUGGUUAUGUUUUAGGCUUUACAACAUUGCAGCUUGUUAUCUUGGGUCUGCUCAAAGCAAUAAUGCUGAAGUAAAAGCUGGAGUUUUGAGGUAUUCUAGAAAUUUUCAAACUACCUUUUUUGAGGCAGUGGACAUAAUCUGUUUUUUAAAAAAUGCUUCUCCUUACCUUGUGACUUUUGAAAGUCUUAUAGUCAUUUCUGGUAUGUUUUCUUUUUUUUUCCAGGGGACAAUAUAGAGUGGUAUACUUGACUCCUGAAUAUGUUUCCUUAGAUACUACAUUCCUAGCUGAAGUACAGAAGUCUGUAGGUGAGGAUAUAACUGAAAAGAAACAAAUAAAAGCAAAGGUACAAAUAAGCCAGUUUCAACUACUAUGCUGCUAAUUAUUCACAGGCUGCCAAACCUUCUCAACACUAGUACUCUUAUUCUUCAGUGAAGUUUUACACAAAAUCUUAUUGGAUCAAACAUGUUAGUUGUGAUACUAACUGAAAAAAAGUACCUAUAAAUAGUUAUAUUUAAUAUUUAUUUGCUCAACAGGUUUAACACUAGUUGCAAUAGAUGAAGCACAUUGCGUGUCUCAGUGGGGCCAUGACUUUAGAUCCUCGUAUCGUUCACUUGGAUGUAUCAGGGAUAAACUUCCUACUGUAAGAGAAUACAUUAAAAUAUUUGAUACACAUAAUAAAUUUCAAUUUUUGAGAAUAACUUAUUUUUGAUAACAAGUGAAUAACAAGUCAGGUUUGUUUUGUUUUGUCUUGUUUUUUCGGAAUGGUAAAGGAUGGAAUGUGUUUAUUUAUCAAAGUGUGGAAUACCCCAGAGUGACUUGAUUGAAGUUCUUAUGAGGAUGUUGUAAUGGAAAAUAUAGUUUGUACUGUUGUAGUAAUAAGCACUUAACCCUGGAACUCCUAUGAAUGACCAAGAUACUAUUUCUCUUUACAAUGGCAAUACAAUAUGAGGCAGAUAAGCAAUGAGAAUAAAGAAAAAUAUCAAUCAGGGAAUUAUUAGUUGAUUCAAUACCAAAUUCAGUCCAAACUAACAUCAUAAAAAUUUUAUGGAAGACAAUAAGGAGAAUCACUAAAUGAGAUCUUGAGAGUGAAAGGGUUAAAUGGUGAAAUCACCUAUUUGAAAGAAAUAAUAUUGUUGGGCACACAAAGUAUUGAGGUUUGACUUGUGGAUUAAGUGACACAAUGUCAAACCACAGUAUUAAUAGACAAGUAGGACUAGAACCAAUUAGUACACUAUGCCAAGAAACCAUAGGGAACUCAGAAUAAAAUUUAAUACUCUUUUGUCUGCUAACUAGCUUAAGGCUCUAGAAACUGAACUUUAGUGGCAAAGCUCAAUUGAUUAUUAAUGUUUUAGGUUCACAAUAAUUUAUUGAAAAGGAAAGCAAAUCAUAUUUGAUACUCAGGCCAAACUGUUUGAAACAGAAGAGACAUCUCACUGUAAACAAAAAGUUUAAUGUGUAUUUGCUUUGACACAGUAUGACCCUUUCCUGCAUCUCCAUUUUGUACAUUUAAGGUACCCAUAGUUGCCUUGACAGCCACUGCUACUCCUGCUGUAAGAAGAGACAUAUGUCAAUCUUUGAAACUGAAAAAUGCUGCUUUUGUUUGCACUGGAUUUGAUAGGUAAUUGAGCUCAAGAGUUUUAUUUUUAAGAUUAUUAUUAAUAACAGUUUUAAGCUUUAUGGUACAAGAUUCAUUACACUGGUUACAUGGCUAGUGCUGUGCAUCUUACAGACCAAGUAUUAAUUAAAUGUGACUAACAGAAAAGUUUGGUUAAAUCAGUAAUUGAAGUAAUUGUUAUAAGACAAUAGUUUGGUAAUAAUUAUGCAUGUGAAUUAUGCAUGUGAAUUACUUUGUAGGUCAAAAUGUAUCUGCAAGCUUUCCUUAGUCCAUGUAUAUGUGGUGAUAUGUUUUGAUGAGUGUUUUCUCUAUAAUUUGCAGGCCUAAUUUGUAUUUUGAAGUAUCCAGAAAAUCAGGUAGUAUCAAAGAUGACUUUAGACCCCUCUUGAUCCCACCAGCAGACAGGUAGGUUGUUACUUCUUUUCACUAAUAAUUACAAGUAUAACUAUUUUGGGUGUAAACAGUGUUGAGAUAAAUUUGUUUCAAGGAUGUGGCGCUCUACAAGGGCAGCUUCCUGAGUGGUUUGAAAGUUAGAUAAUGCUAUUCAAAAAAUGUAUUUCUACCAAAUUGAUGGUGCAGUAUGCUUUUUCAUCAACUCUCAUCUUCCUGAUAGUGAUUUUAUAAUUAUUCCAACUGAUAGGACUAAAUCCUGCCUUUAACUGACCUCAGUCAUGUGAUUUGGAUGGGAACUGUAUCACUGUCAGUAGCUGCCCUCCCUCCCUCCCAACAUGUAUUUAUGAAAAUGUUGAAGCUUGUUAUAAGUUUGUCCAAGAAUUUUCUUUGUUUGUUUACAGAAGUAAGAUUGAGUACUCUUUUGAUGGUCCAACAAUCGUUUACUGUCCAACGAAGAAGGCAACAGAAACAGUUGUCAGUGAACUCCGUGGUAAUUUAUUUUGUGCUCAUCAAGAAAAUGAUUGGCUAUAAGGAUUUCUGUAUGAUAAAUGUAUGAAGCUGUGGGUACUAAGAUAAGAUAUAGGUUUUCAUUAUGUAAUCAAAAAUCCCUUUAUACCAUUAAGGAAAAGCUUUUUGUAGGUUUUUACAAAAUAGUUUACACAGAUUGCUCUUAAAAGUAGGAUUAAGGAUAGCAUUUUGCAAUAAUAAUGAAAUAUACAGCUAUAUGUAUGGGUGGUAUAGUAGCCUAAUGGCUAGCUUUCUGAACUCUGGCUUAAGAGGCCCUGUUUCAAGCCCUGGGCAGGUCACAGAUCAUGUUUUUGGGUACUACUUGUCCCUCACAUGCCGCAGUACCUCUCUCUACCUUCUGUGCACUUUAAAUUGCUACAGAAACUGAGAUAAUCUGUGGCAGGGUGAGCUGCUUGGCCUGUGACUGUACUUGACUUUAUAGUUGCUGUGGCUUCUGUAUCUAUCAUAUUUCAAUGACACUGUCUCUAUCAUUUUGUCCAUGUACAAAAAGGGGUUCACUAGCUUCCUUGUUUACACUGCAUGAUUUUUAAAUCUGUGUGAACUUGCAGGUCUUGGGGUGAGAUGUGAAUUUUAUCAUGCUGGCCUAAGCCCUGGGGAAAGAAAAAGAGUUCAUCACCUCUUUAUAAGAGACAACAUUCAGGUGUGCAUCUUUCUGCAUAAUAUUUCUCAAUCAAUCAGUGUCUCAGAUAUGUGUCUUGGAGAUACAUAUCUUGAACAUAAACCCUAGAUUGGCUUUCAAAUUUAAACUGUUUGGUUUAUGUGCACAUUUUCACUUUUUGUCACUAUUUUUGACUCAGUGCAUUGUUGCAACAGUGGCCUUUGGAAUGGGAAUUGAUAAGCCAGACGUGAGAAAAAUAAUCCAUUAUGGAGGUAUGUAUUUGUAUGAUUAGGCCAAAGUAAAUUGUGGCCAUUUACAUCCCUUUUGCAAUGCCUUUUACUAAAUGGUAACUACAUUAUUACAUACAUUUUACAAUUAUCUCUCUAAAGUUCUCUCUUGUUCAUGAAAAGUCCUUUCACCAGGAUUAUUUUUUGCGAGUGCCCUUGGAAUGAGCUAAUGUUGUUAUUUUUCUCACCUGGUUGCAUUUUUAUUGUGGCAAGAAUACCCCAUAAAAAUUUUUGCAUCUCAAUUUAAAAGAUAAUCUUGAACUAUGGGUCAGUUUUCAAUGAGAACUGGUAACUGAUGAAAUUCACUGUCACUAAAAUUCACAUGUGAAGCAAGAUUGCUGCUUAUUUUCUCUGAAAUUAAUAACAUUAGAGUAAAGAGAAAUCUUCCAUAACCCACCUACUUUACAGUGUUUACUGUCUACUUCAAUACUUAUUGAAACCCUUGUGGGUUUUUUACCUGAAUUGUCUGCCAAGAAUCCAAUAGUUAUGGAACAGAUGAGUCUAUUAGAUUUUAGUGAGGUGGAUGUAGACAGAAAUAAGUGAUGUCAUUUUUAAGUAAGAAAUUCAAAUUUUUCUACAUUAGCUGUGCAAUAUUUUCUUGCACUUAAAAGUUUUUCAUUGUUCUACCAUUGUUCUACCAUUGUAUGAUUUACACUUAAAAAAACUUAAAUGUAGUAUUAAGUAGCAAAAAAAAUAUGCUUCAUCCAGUGUAACAAAAAUAUGGAAAUUAUUUUCUAUUUUGGGUAACGAUUCUGAAAGGAUACUAUGCUUACUUUGGUGUACUGAGUUUCUUGCUUGGUUUGUCCUUAGCACCAAAGGAUAUUGAAUCUUAUUACCAAGAAAUGGGUCGAGCUGGUCGGGAUGGGUAAGUACUACUAUUGUACCCUGUGAACUUUCUGUGUUUAAGAUAUCAUGACCUAUUGAUUUAUGUCUUCUUUUAGCCUUCCCAGUACAUGCCAUGUGUUUUAUAGCACAGCUGACUUUUCCCUUAACCGGUGAGUGUUUGCAUUUCAAGUAGGGUUGAUACAUGUUUUGUCCUAAAAAGGUGUUGGUAUUGAUGUAAGUAAAAUAUAAAACAGACAUUCUCAUUGUGAAUCACAAACUCUCAUUAAUUGAGAAAAAUAGAUCAUACCUCACUAAAAAGGAAUAAAGAUUGCUAUCUGAAGAAUAAGCACUUGUUACAAAAUUUACUCACUUGCAACUACCCUUGGCUACCUAUUUCCAUAGAAGUCAUUAUAAAUCCAAGAAAGAACCCAAAUCAAAUGGUGAUAUGACUGACCAUUAGGAUUUGGAGAAAGAUGUUUUUUGUCACAAGGGGGUAACAAAGGAUAAACUCUGAGUCCCCACCAGGAAUUGAACCUCAUACUUUUGGAAUUUGCUCUGAUGCUCCAUCACUGAGCCACAGAGACUCUCCAUGGUGAGCUGGUUUAUCAGUGGGUGCAUAUGUAGCUUGGCAUUCAGUGAAUUUCAGUGAAUUUCAGUGACAAACAUUUUGCUUUUCCAAACAGACAAAAACAUCCUAAACUUAAAACAAAUGAAAUAAUUUUAUCUGUUUUUCCAAAGUCACUUGCUGAAUGAUGUCAAAGCACAGUCAUUCAAAGAACAUAAACUGAAAAUGCUAAACAAGCUUGAACAGUACUUAUCUACAACAGAAUGUAGGAGAAGGUGGGUAACAUAAUUUUGUUCAUCAUAUAGACCCUUUCACUUCCAGGAUUAUCAGUGCAGUAGUUGUUUAGCAUUGGAAAAGACAUCCUGAGGCUCAAAAAAGAUGUCAUUAAAAUUUGUUUUGUGUCUGUAGAACAAUUUUAGCUUACUUUGAGAAUUCAGUUGACAAGAGCAUUGGUGGAAGAGAUGACUGCUGUGAUAACUGCCGAAACAGGUUAGUGUUCUUUCAUUGAAAAAUAUAAGGGUUGUUCACAUCAAGGUACAGAUGUGUGUGACACAUUAUGAUUCACAUACUAAGUAAAGGUCAUAUUAUAUUUAACACUGAUACCUCUUCAGGUUUAUGGAGGUUUGGAAUAGAAAGUUAUCUGGGAAAAAUUAGAUUUCCAGAAAACCUGAGCAAACAUUGGAAUGAAAUGGAUUAUAAUAGGAAACCUCUCUCGCAACAGGUCUUUUUCUUGUCAGGUUGAUCUGCUAUUUUGCCAUGAUCACCCACGUUAAGUCCUUAAUAGCCUGCAAGAAGACUGUUGUAGUUGUUGUCACAUUAGGUGGGCCUUUGCACCUGUGAGAGCAUGCCAUGCUCCUAAGAAAAAUAAUUGUUUAAACCAGUUAAUCAAGGUGAAGCUCUAUAUUGUAGCAACAUCUUCACAAUACUAAUUGAAAAAUGAUUAGUGAAGAGAGUGUGUUUGUUUAGGGCUCUUAACCCGCAUGUGAAAGAUGACAAGAGAGACUUUACAAAAGAAGCUAAACUGUUGCUCAAUGCUGUGAUGGUAUGUUACUUAAAUUUAUUGCAAUUAACGACUCUCUCCAGUAUACACAUGCAUUUUGAUUUUCAUAUCAGCAUGUCAUUUAAUCACUGUUCUUUUGGAUGUUAAGACUCUUAUGCUAGAGUUUCUUGAUUUGUAUGUUGGGGCUGUUGUUGUUUUGACAGUCAAAUACAGUAAAAUGGAAUAGAGUCUUCUGCUGCAUGGGCUGGUAAACCCUCAACAUUAAUUCUCUGUUGCAUUUUUUCUUAUCAGGUUGCAGGGAAUGGUUCCUAUGGUAUAUCAAUCCCUAUUUUAAUGUUACGGGGAUCAGUAAGUAUAAGCACAAUGCAGUACAUUUACCUCAUGGGCACAAUAUGACUAUAAUCUGCCUUCUUCAAAAUUCAGUCACACUACUGUUUUGGAGCAUCAUAUUGUAUUGGUUUAAGGCCAAACAUGGCACAGGCUUAUCGCCAUUAAUUAAUCUAGAGUUGGGUCCAGACACACAACUUCCCUAGCUGGGAUAAUGCUCUAGACUAGGGUGUUAUAUGUCUCUUAAAAAUGCUAAAAAGGUCUGCUGAUGAUGAGCUUAUGCACAUGAAGGCUUUAAUAUGAACUCUAUAUUGUCAAUGUUUUAUGGUGGAAAAACAAUCUGAUUUUCUGUUAGGGAACUGAAAAUUGCAAUGUAACGUAAUAACAAAGAAUUGCUAAUCUAGUGAUUAUUUUAAUUCCCUUUUUUUUAUUAUUUUUCUACUGUUAAGUGGCAUAUUUGUCCUUUGAUAAAAUUUUUUUUCUACAAAUAUACCAACCUUGUAGAAAGAGCAUUCUUGUUAAAUUUUUAUUUCAGAAUAACCAAAGAGUUCCACAAUGGCUGACCCAGAAAAAAGAGUUUGGGACUGGCAAGUAAGAUAAAGCUUGAGCUAAUAAUAACCAUGAUCAUUUACAACCUUUCUUGUAUCCUUCCAGCUGGCUAUAGAAAUCCAAGAUAGUGACCUCAUAUUUUGAAAGACAACUUGUGACUAUUACAGAAUUCUUGUUUGUUAAAAAAAAUAUGUCUAGUUUUGUCACAUAUUGAAAACAACCUCAACUGCAUCUCCUGUCUGCUUCUUUUAGAAUUCAUCCAGAUAAGUGGUGGAAGAGCUUUGGUGAGCAUGUUUUUACGUUCUUGUUUAUUUAUCAUGCCACCAAACACUGAAUUCCACUUUAAUUGUUCCAACUUUUCAGGCCGUCAGCUCAUGAGCUUGGACUUUCUUAAAGAAAAGACAAAUCCUGGUGGAUUUGGUUCUCUCACAGCCCUCUCUGGUAAGUAAACGAAUUUUUUCAUAUCUCCGACAGGAAUUCCGAUUACUUUUUCCUAAUCACAUGUUAAUGAAAUGAGAGAAACGAAAAUGGUCACUCAACCAAUAUUAAGAUUUGUCAAAAAACUUUGCUAAAGGAAAUCAAAAAGUGCAAUGAAAAAAAACUUGAUCUAUUUAUCCCGAUGAGAACAAGGAAAACAUCCAACAAACUGGUAAUCUGAGCCAUACUUACAAAUUCUUCUUUCUGUUUUUCUUUCUCCACUCGCCUGAUUGCCCUCCUACCUGUCUGUCUCAUUGUCUGUGUGUACGAAUUGUAAGCAAAGGGAGAGAACUGGCUGAGAGAAGCUAUGCGGAAUGAUUCUGUCAAAAUGGAACUAAUUCCCAACCAGGUUUGUUUGGUCCAUUUUUUUUCCAUACCAUUUGAGUCCAUACAUUACUUACGACUAUUUCAAGGCUUUGUAUUUUGAUGAACUCCUUUUCUAUCUGCAGGAUCUGUUGGCAACAGAAAAACAACUUCAACCAACAACCAGGUAUCAGCUCAAGCCGUUUUUCGAACCCUCUUUCUAACUGCCAAUGUGUCAGCUCAUAGAAGCAUGUCUUACAAACAUCAGCUCAUCGAAGCAUGUCUUACAAACAUCAGCUCAUCGAAGCAUGUCACAUCGAAAUGUACAUGUCAGCUCAUCGGAGCAUCUCUUACAAAUUUAAAAAUAUUUUAUUCUUUUUUUUUUUAAAAACUUAUUAACCAAUUUUUUUCAGAUACCCCUCAUCCUCGCCUACUGUUUCGUCUUCACCUACUUGGAAUGAGAAGCGUCUACUUCUGGCUACGUUGCCUCAAGUAACACAACAAGAGCUCUUAGUGGACGAAAAAGAAUUAGAACUUCAAGUAAGAAUACUAUUUUACUGAAGAUCUAAGCGAGAGACCUUUAUACUGCCUGGUUUUUUUUUCUUCUAUUUUUUUCUUCGAUCCAAGCUUGUACUCAGAAAGAACUCAUCAUUUCAUAAAAAAAAAACUAGAAAUGUGUCCCUUCGAAAGACCCAAACUGUUUGUGAACUGUUUCCAAACAACGCAUUGGAGAUGACGUCUAUUUACGGAAUAAUUCCAAAAAUAUCAGACACUUCCCUCAUUUCGUUCAUUACACAAGUAGACCUUAUUUGUUCUUCCAGGGUUCGUUGUACACAACACUUAUAAAGCUCAGGGCAGAGCUCUCUCACUCGUUGGACUGUCCGCCCUACAUGAUCGCCACGAAUAAGAUUCUUCUGGACAUUGCCAAAUACAGGUGAAUUGUCUGUACUGCUUAUAUAACUCCCUCCCUAAAGUCAUCUACAUUUAUCAAAACAUAUGAAUCGAAUAUGGAAGCCAUCUUAGCAGUUAAUAACACUUCUUAAGCAGUAAUAAAAAUAAGGCCUGGAAAAAUUUAGGUCUGUACAGGAUUUGAACCCAUGACCUCUGCGAUACCGGUACAACGUUCUACCAACUGAGCUGACAAACCAACUGGUAGUGUUCAUAACUGCGAAGAUCGCUUCCAUAUUCAUUUAUUUAUCCGCAUUUCACAUAUAUGAUUUUCAUGUAAUCAUAGUCAGUUUUUCAUUACUUCACGGGUUUAUUUUGAACCAGCAUAAUGACCAGCUCCCAGUUAGCUUGUUAGCUCAGUUGGUAGAGGUCAUGGAUUUAAAUCACGUGCAGGCCUGAAUGUUUUUUUUUUCUUUUUUGUUUCUGGCCUAUUUUCUUUAUCCGCAGUUCACAUAUAUGAUUUUCAUAAAGUCACAGUCAAUAUAUGAAUCAACAGAAAAACACCCCCCCCCCCCCUUCAAGUCGUGACGGAAAAACUGAGAUAAAUGUUUGGAACCAUUACACUAGGUUGCCAUUCUCGUACACACGGUUUUCCGUUUUCCUUUUUUAAGACGUGGUGUUCUUUAAUCUUAUAUUUUUUGUUGUUGCGACUGUUCUUGUGUUUGAAAAAUCUGAUCUACUUGUUCAUACAUUUUUCAUAGUUUCCAGGUCCUUAUCCCAAGUUUAGACCAUGAAUCUUUGCCUUUGACCUUUGUUUGGAGAAUUUGUUGUUUACUGUAUCCGAUAUUCCUCUUAACGAGGCUGUCCUUAAAUGUAACGACACCAAAAGAUUAUGAAACCGUAAAGGGAGUUUAACACACCACUCACACUGGCAAUCAACGUUCUAGUUAAUGAAUAAACUACUCAUUUCUUCAUCUGAAAAGCUGUAAUUUUUACUCCUCAGGCCAUCCACCACUGAUAGCCUGCUCAGAGUGGAUGGCGUGUCCGAAAGACAAUGUGAACGAUUUGGAGAACAACUGGCCAACUGUGUGGCAAACUUCUGUAAGGAGAAUGAGCUUACUGCAAACAAGUUUAACGACAAAACUAAUUCUGUGCAUUCAACAACUAAAAUUAACGUAAGUUUUCUGCUUUGGGCCUUCACUGAUCGUGGAAGUAUUCUAAUUUCGUUUCAUUUGCUGUGGUGUUGUCUUGUGCUAUGAAGAUAUAAGGAGUACAUAUUUGAUUAAUGAUACAUUUUUAUGAAGUAAAUCAAAUAAAUAAAUUAAAAGCAUGGUAGAUUUUAAGCUCGGUGAAGAAAUUGAGAUAGAUGUUAUAUACUUCUUGUAAUGAAUUUGGGACAAAGAUAACAUUGUGAGUCCCUAUGAGGAAGCGAACCCCAGUACUGAACCACAGAGACUCCACGGUGAACAUGCGUCCUUCAUGCAGCUAGGAACAUCAAUGUCGAAAGUGUUGUGUGUGUAAAAAUUAGAGAGAUGGUAUAUUUUGAGCUUGGUAAAAACCUUGUGAGGACCCAGAAUGUUAGCUUUGUCUUGUGCUCUUGACAAGACGAAUAACCAUCUUUCUCUAAAUCGAGUAGCUUACUGAACAAUAUCUAUUCGUUGACAUGCCAGGGCUACAAGUUUAAUUUAGUCUUCGAAACAAGCCCACCUCCCCGCCCUACCGUCUAUGAGGUCAAGCGUUCUAGCUCUUCUUUACCUGGCUGAUUUGCCUCUCAGAAUUAUUUCCAACGCUUGAAAUACAAUCGUGGAUGCGAAAUGAAGAGAACCUAAUGUAAAAUACGAUGAUAGCAAUGAUAAGUAAUGGUUUUCAGCCAAUCAACAAAUCCUUUUCAGGCAUGUGCAUUCAGGGAUGUGUUUGGGUGUAGUUUAUAUAUUGCUGAGGUUUAAAUGGCGAUCGCCUUUCACUUUUUACCACUCAGUCGCAGACCUACGUGGUAGAACCUGUGGGAAUACGUCGUCGUGAACUGAGCCAAACAGUGCUUUCCACCUUCAACAUGUUUCACGAAAAACAGAUGACCAUCGUAAGUAUUGAAUUCAAUAGUCUACAUGAGUAGUGGGUUCGAUUUCCGACUCUCUCUUGAGUCCAGCCUUCGUUCCUGCUUAUUUCCCACUCGCAGCCUGUCGUCCAGUCUGAGAGAGUAUGAGCACAUGUCUUCGGACAACAACAUCCUUCCUCUCAAAAUGAAAUUGUUGGAAGGCUCCACCCAUGACGAUACGCCCAAUGUCUCACUUCCUGAUUGUGACUUUGUUAAUUAUCAUAAAGGUUUACAACUGUGCGUUUGAUUGGUUGAUAUAUAAUCAAGAACCUUUCGUUUAUUACACCGGUAAAGCCAUAGUUAAUUUAGAAAAGCAACAGACCUCUCUCUCUAUCGUUUUACCGGCGUAAUAAACCUCGGUUGAUGUUAGGAGAACACGCGGAAAGUAUGAAAAUCAUUCACUACGGCUCGUGAUUUACUAAGUCUUCACGCUUGUAAACCGAAAGAAAGUACAAUUAUGAGCUCAAGAUUUCUAUCAUUCGUUACUUGAUGAAGGCGAAGACUGUCCCACUUUUUUGAGCCCGGUCGGAGUUUUGUACUUCGUUUCCCAAUUUUCAUUAUCCUCUACGUUACGAAUUCAUUGGGUUUGUUUUUGCGACAUAGAAAUACAAUUGACAGCGUUACAAUAUGACCAAUAUGACAAAGCCUCUUCAAUGUACAACAUUUCUUACAGAAAGAAGUGGCCAAAGCACGGAACUUGGUGGAAGGAACAAUUUUUGGCCACCUUGCGGAAGCUUUGAAGGCAAAUUACCCCGUGGACUAUAAGAGAGGUGCGGAUAUUUUGUGUAUUGGUAAAGAUGAGGACAAAUGGGCUGUCAAGAUAGAAAAAUGGCCCGGCUCGCACUUUUCGUUUUUCUCUCCCUCUGUUAUAUGGACAUUAUAUGGAAAUGUGGACAUCCUCUUUCAAUCUCUGUCGUUGCAUUCAUCACGAAAAUGUCUAACUGGGGUGCUUUGCAUUUCAUUUUGUGCAGCGGGAAUCACUGAAGAAAUCCAAGAACUGGUAACAAAAACGAUCAGAUCGCCCCCAAUUAACUCAGGUAAAAUCAUCGUUCAGCCGUUGUUUAUAGGCGUCAUUAUGUGGCAUAAUGGGGGGUGCAGGCUGGAAUGGGGUUAUGUGUCCUUUACUGACGUUUUCUGGUAGUUAGGAGUAUAGAGGUUUAAUUACAACUUUAGAUUGCCUCUUUUUCAAGGACAAAGGAAGGAAGUCGCCUGCACCCUUGGACCCUAUCUCCUGUCACCCCUUAGCCAUUUGGUCACCACUGAGGUGACCACAGAGGUGAACCCCGAUUUGAACGCGUUUGCUCAGAGUCCUGGCCUGGGGUCAUUGUUGUGUUCUUUACAUACAUUACCAUGUUAUUGUCACCAUGCCUUCUUCCAUUAAGGAAAUUUUCAGAUAUGGAUCUAAUUUUUAGAAGGUUCGCACGACUGAUAGUUUUAGGCUUCUGAUAAAGACAUGUACAUUUCCCUUUUUGCAGACAUAAGCAAAUUAUCAGCCAUAAAAGAUCACUUACCUCCUCAUGUGUCCUAUGGCCAUAUUAAACUGGUCAUCGCCAUUUUGGAGCUGUCAUGUGGCGCGGUCUCUCAAGGCACCUCAGCGUUAACGAUGUGCCAGAGGUCCUUGGCAUCGGGCACCCAACUGAGAAAUACCCCAAGUGAGCCAACUACGCCUUCUCAGGAAACAACGAGAAAACUUCCAGGGUGGCUGUCUGGCAAGCCGGGAGGAAAGAGGAAAAACCCUUUUUGAAUGCAAACCUAAGGGCAUAAGGCUAUCUACUUGCGCUGUUUUCUAAAUAAGAUUCGUGCUCCAGUGGAAAUUACAGGGGCGUAGUUUCUUGUUAACGGUGGUAACUUUCUGCUUCUCCCCUGGAGAAAGUUACCUAUGGUUAAAAAUUGUUUUUGUUAGGUUUUCUGUUGCACAUUUUUGCUUCGUAAAAUUCCGUGGCUUUACAUGUGCGCUGAAGAUAUCUCCUUUGAGGAUUUGUUUCAUUCCUACAAUAAAAGAACGACUAUGUGUUCGUCAAAGAGGAUUGUUUAGUUCAUGAGAGCAAAUACGAGUGUAUAAUAUGUAAAUUAUUUGUCUAUCAAAGUGGGCAUGUAGCCAAUUGUGGAAAUAAACUGAUAUUUUAUGCUAUGUUCUGUUUCCGGAAAGAACAUUUUAAACAUUCUGUCAGC